AAGGUACUGUGAGUUACACACAAACAGUCACAGUCGCAACCAUGUCCUUCUCCAACUUCAUCUCCUCGGCCAUCGAGCAGGCCGCCAGCAACUACGCUGGUGGGAACAGCGGCAACAACAGCAACAACAACAACAACAGCGGGAACUCCCACCACGGUCAGGGUCAGGGUCAGGGUAGUUCCUACGGGGGUGAGCAGCAGGGUGGCUAUGGUGGUGAGCAGAGCUACGGCUCCCAGGGCGGUUACGGCGGUGGUGGUUCCCAGGGCGGUUACGGCGGCGAGCAGGGCGGCUACCAGCAGCAUCAGCAGCACCACCAGGGCGGAUACAGCGAGGGUGGCUCCUAUGGUGGCAACCAGGGCGGUUACGGCGGUCCCCAGGGCGGCUCCUACGGCGGUGAACAAAGCUAUGGUUCCCAGGGCGGCAACUCCUCCUCCUACGGCGGUGGCUACAGCGGCAACGAAGGCAGCUACGGCCACAACCCGCCCUCGCACAACCCCAGCUACGGCAACGCCCCGUCCUACGGCGGCGGCAGCAGACCCAGCUACGACGACCUCUCCUCGGCCACCAACCACGCCGAAUCGCACAGCGCGGGCACGGGCUCAUCGGACCUCUUCCAGAAGGCGCUGGGCUACAUCACCAACCGCCAUUCCUCCUCUUCUGGCAACGAUGACGAUGACGACAUCGACGAGUCCCAGAUGGUGCAGUCCCACCAGGCCGUGUACAACUCCAACGAGGGCCAGCAGCACGACUCCAAGACCCUGGGCGCUGGGGCCGCCAUGCAGGCGCUGAAGAUGUUUACUUCUGGUGGUUCUGGCUCGAGUGGGUCCGGGUCCGGCGGACAGAGUGAGUUCAUUGGGCUGGCGAUGGCGCAGGCGAGUAAGCUUUGGGAGGAGAAGAGUUCGAGUGGGCAGGCUUCCGGCGACAAGCAAUCCGCUAUCAACCAGGCCGCGGAGAUGGCGUUGAAGAUGUAUAUGAAGAGUCAGGGGAGCGGAUCGAGUGGUACUGGUGGUCCGGCGGGGUUGUUGAGCUUGGCGAGUAAGUUCUUGUAAGGUAGCGUGCCGCUUUUUCUGGUGGUUGGGGUUGAGAUUGAGAUCAGGGGGUGGGGUGCAGUAACUUACUGCUUGCAGCGUGGUGAGCAUGGAUGCAGGUGCGGUUGCGGCUUGUGUUCUGAUGCGUUAGGCACGUACAGAUGCUCGUUAGUGGAUCGUGUAAAUUGAAUCGAACUCGGUAGGGAGUUUGUUUAUACCUCGGAUCACCCCCGGCGUGUCUGCUUUGUAUUGGGUUUCGAGUAUUUAUGACUUUCUCGUAACGACGAAAAGCAUGCUUAUCUAGGAAAUUAUACCUAGUUAAAGGGAUCGGAAAAUGGUUUUCGG